AUGCGGCUACUACACAUUACAGAGGACGGAAAGCUAGAGUUUACCAAGGACAUCAUUCUUAAGGACGAAAUCCCCCCCUAUGCGAUCCUUUCGCACACUUGGGGGGACCAAGAGGUGGUUUUCAACGACAUGAAGAGUCUAGAUGACUUGAACAAUGACGAUGCAAAGAGAAAGGACGGUUGGAAGAAGAUUGAUUUCUGCGCACAACAAGCAAAGCGUGACGGCCUGAAAUACUUCUGGAUAGAUACAUGCUGCAUCGACAAGGCUAAUCAUACUGAGCUUUCAGAGGCCAUCAACUCAAUGUUUCGCUGGUACCAGAAAGCAGAAAGGUGCUAUGCCUUCCUCUCGGACGUCGAGGGCAAGUCAUCAGGAGGUGGAUGCAAGUCUUCCUCAAGAUGGAAGGCGGCUUUCAGGACGAGCAGGUGGUUCAGCCGAGGCUGGACGCUCCAGGAGCUUUUGGCACCGCGAUCCGUUGAGUUCUUCUCUAAAGACGAGGCAUGGCUGGGCGAUAGAGAAUCGCUUAAGCAAACGAUACACGAAAUCACGAAGAUACCUAUCGACGCCCUAACAGGGAGUAAUCUAUCCAAGUUUAGUAUUGAUGAACGAUUCUCUUGGGCACAAAGUCGGCAGACGACCCGGGAAGAAGACGGUGCAUACUGCCUGUUAGGCAUAUUCGCCUGCCACCUUCCCCUGAUCUACGGCGAAGGCAGAAAAAGAGCUUUGGAGCGACUAAGGAAGGAGAUGCCAGAGGCGUCCGAGAGGCUCAGCAAAAUUCGCUGCUGGUUAUCAACGCCUGACCCUUCCACGAACUAUCACAAAGCAAAGAAGCAGCGGCAGGCUGAUACUGGGCUCUGGCUGCUGAACAGCGCCCAAUUAGAAAAUUGGAAGACAGCGGCGGCGUCGCGGCUAUGGCUGCAUGGAAUCCCAGGAUGUGGAAAAACCAUCCUGAGUUCCACUGUUAUCGAGCAUAUGCUGCAGCACUGCGAAAAUGAUAUCGAAAAAGUGACAGUCUACUUCUACUUUGACUUCAACGAUUCGCAGAAACAGAAUCCAGAACUGAUGCUCCGCUCGUUGCUCCAUCAGCUCCUGCAGUGCUUGGCCGUUACACACAAGGACGUUGACGCUUUGUUCUUAUCCUGCCAGAACGGGGGAAAACAGCCAUCACUGCACGAACUUCUGGACGUAAUACCGAAGGUGAUGCGGCAGUUUACACAUGUUUACAUCGUUCUUGACGCGCUUGAUGAGUGCACACAACGCUCGGAACUGAUGAGCAUGCUUGAAUCAGUGAUUGGGUGGAAGCUUGACAUAGUACAUCUGCUUCUGACUAGUCGGAAAGAAAGGGACAUCGAGAUGUCCUUGGAGAGUCACAUCGAAAAAGAUAAUAUUGUCAAUCUCCAGAGGAACAUAGUGAACGAAGACAUUUCACGAUAUGUUAGAAACAGGCUGCAUGAAGACAAGGCCUUGGCGAAAUGGAACAAGGACGCUGAUAUCAGACAAGAGAUUGAGAAAGCCUUGAUGAGCCGAGCUGGCGGGAUGUUCCGAUGGGCUGCAUGUCAACUUGAUAUGCUAGCUAAGAGUCGUAAUCUAGCCACGCUGCGCAGGUCGCUCGCUAGCCUGCCACAGACCCUGGACCAGACAUACGAUCGCAUUCUCACUGCUAUACGCGAAGAAGACCGCGUAUACGCAAUGCGCAUCUUGCAGUGGUUGACCUUCUCUGAAAGGCCACUCACCAUCGAGGAAGUUGCCGAAGUGGCUGCAAUCGAUAUCAAGGGCGAACCGAUAUUCGAUCGCGAUGAAGUGUUAACAGACCCGCUAGAAGCUCUAGACAUUUGUUCCAGUCUAAUCACUGUCACUGGUUCCGCAGAGAAGGAAGUAGACGACUUUGGACGACUAGCUGACGCACGAAUUCUCUCUCUAGCACACUACUCGGUGCAAGAGUACCUUGUUUCAGACAGAAUCAAGCUAGGACCAGCAAAACAAUAUCACAUGCAAGAAGGUGAAAGCCAUGAAGAGAUAACGAAAGGCUGUAUUGGAUAUCUCACCCAGUUCCAAGGACCGAUUACCGACGCACAAUUCGACAUCUCUGCGCUCGCAAUGUACUCAGCGGAGUUCUGGUUGUCGCAUUUUCGAAAGGCAGGAAGUGAGACGGAAAACUUAUGCCGCCUAGCGCUGAUUAUGUUUUCGACGAACAACCCUGCAUAUCACAACUGGUUGCGGUUAUGUGAUCCAGACCUGUUGGAAAUUAGUGAAUACCCAGAUUUGGAUCGAGAAUUGGAUGAUAUGGCAACACCCCUUUAUUCCGCAGCAAGAUCGGGCCUGUGUAAGAUUACGGAACUUCUGUUGGACCAAGGUGCCGAUGUUAACGCGCAGGGUGGGAUGUUUGGGGAUGCGCUUGCAGCAGCUGUGUAUUCACGCCACACAGCAGUGGCCAAGUUGUUAAUCGAUGCCGGCGCCAACAUCAACAGCACUCAUGAGUCUUGGGGCACUCCGCUAUACCAAGCUGCACAGGACGGUGAUGAAGCAACGGUCAAGUUGCUAAUCGACGCAGGUGCUGACGUCAAUGCGCCUAUGUCCAAAUAUCCUGAUUGGGAUAACGCACUCCAGGCUGCUAUCGGAACAGCAGGAGAAGCCACAGUCAAGUUGUUGCUCGAAGGAGGGGCCGACUGUGGUUUGGACGAGCGACUGAAAGGCCCCAUUCAUUAUGCUGCCCUUCGCAGUAAUUGGUGCACACCAUCGCUCAUCAGUAUCUUACAGCAAUACGGUGCUUCGAUAGAUGCGAUCGAUAUCGAAAAUAUGACGCCACUCCAUUAUUGUGCUCGUAAUAGCAAUCAGAAGGCCGCAAAACAACUCCUUGGUGCAGGGGUCCCGAUCGAUAUAGGAGUUCGACGAAAGUCGUGGUCCUGGGAUGGCGACACAUUCAGUCCUGUUGAUCACAUGGACACCGUACAUCUGAUUCCAGAAUCCAUCGCAGUUGGCCUAACUCCUCUACACUUCGCAGCCUUGAUCGGUAAUCUUACGAUGACGAAAUUCUUUCUCGAUCACGGCGCAGAUCCCAAUGCUCUUUCCGAGUAUGGCGAAACUCCUCUACAUCUUAACCAGCGCACCACACUCUAUGGAACACAGUACAAAGAUGAAUGGAAGGAUAUGAAUCUCAGGGUAGAAAAUUGUUCAGACUUCUUCUAUCAGCGUAAAUUUGAUACAGACUCUUCGACUGUCGAGUCUGCGUGUCAAAGCAUACUUGAUACAUUACUGGAACAUCCCAGUAUCUCCACUGCAGCACAAGACUACCAAGGCGAAAACCUCUUACAUUGCAUCAAAUAUGGGGAACCAGAAAGCUCGACCUUAGUCCAGAAAAUUCUUUCCCGAGGAGCCGACCCAUCGUGUGUAAAUUCGAGUCAAAAAAGCCCACUGCAUCUUGCCAGGGAAGCUGGCGAUACUGCAUCGAUCGUUGCUUUGCUUAGCACAAGUUCGCAAGCGGCAUGGUCUGAACGAUGCCUCCUCGAUACAUUCAAUGACGCGCUUUGGAGCGCAAACCACGAGGUUAUAGUCGCCAUUCUCGAGACAAAAGAGGCACGGGCACUUAAGCUGGUAGCGAAGAAGAACGAGCAUGGGGAGAAUCUGCUUCACCAGUUGUUCCGACGGCAACCCAUUCGGAUCAAAAUGGUGCAGGGGUUACUUGACCAAGGAGUGGACAGUUCAGAGCUUGAUGAUUUUGGUGUCUCCCCCCUCGCAAGACUCAUCCAGAACGACCCGUGGUACGUCAACGUCUAUGAUAUCUGCAGAUUGCUCCUUAAGACUACAGGAACUGAGUCGUAUGUGAACUGUAAUGGCCAAAGCCUUGGACACUUGUGUGCUGCAACGCCCAACUUUCAGAUCUAUAUGUUGGAGGCUUUCAACGACCACGGUGUAGAUCUAGCAAGAAGAGACUGUGCUGGAAGAACUGUCCUCCACCUCGCAGCUAUAUCUGGCUGGCUUACUGAAGAAUCACUCGAGUUCCUUGUGAACGUCAUCGGCAUUGACGCAAACGAAGAAGACGCACAUGGUCGCACUGCCUUGCAAUUCGCUAUCGAGGAAGCUUCGAAAGACCAUGGUUCGGAUAUUAUAUAUCCUGCACGCUGGGAAAGAACCAGGGACAUGUUGUUGAAUCAUCAUGCCAAUCACAAGAGCUGA